AUGAGAGAAGCUGCCCUUGAGCGAUCGGCCAGUCUAAAGUCUGAUUGUUUCACCAUCCGGUGUGAUAUUGUGGUGUGCAAGGACAACACGCCAGAUGCCAUUGGCUCCGGCACCGGUACCGAGGUUCUCCUGCCUGACAUGCACCAACAUUUUAGCGAUCUCCUUCGGAAUAAGGUGGGUGCUGAUGUGACAUUCGAGGUCGGCGGCAAGACGUUCGCUGCACACCGGUGUGUGCUCGCUGCCAGGUCUGAAGUGUUCAUGGCGCACCUCUUUGGCACCGCUACGUCCAAUGUCAUACACAUCACAAAUAUGGAAACUAAAGUGUUUAGGGCUUUGCUUUGCUUCAUCUACACAGACUCUUCUCCUGAGAUGGAGGACAUCAUGGAGGAGGAUGAAAUGCCACGAGUUGUGGAACAAGGACAAGUAGAGAAAGUUGUGGACAAGAAAAUGUCAGAAGUUGCGGAGCCAACACAAGAAGAGGCGGUAGAGGAUGAAAUGCUUCUGCAAUGGCUGCAAGACUUGUUUGUGGCGGUAGACAGAUACAAUCUCCAGCGGCUCAAGUUCAUAUGUGAAAAGCAGUUGUGUGAGCAUGUAGGUGUGAGCUCGGUGGUGUCCACUCUUGCUCUAGCCGAGCAGCACCACCGCCAUGGAUUGAAGGAGGCAUGCUUGAAGUUUAUCCAAGUCCUAUCUCCCUCGUGUUUGCAGACACUAAUGGCUACUGAUGGCUGGGGCAUAUAG